UCAUGAUUGUUUGUAGUUUGCGACUUUUGCCAUGUAUUAUUUAGAGAAAAUCACUUUUAAUUAAAUAAUGGCAAAAGGAAGCAAGUAGGUGCAUUAAAAUGUUUUCACGAGCAACCUAUAUUAGGUUUUUUAGUAUAUGUGUUGUAGUUUGUUUUAUUAUUAGUUGUUUUAUCAGUGUUAUUCCUAUUUCUCUAGAGUCAUGCAAUUGUGAUAACUUCAGUGACAAAUCCAGCUUCCUCCACACUUUGGACGCUGCUUCGAGUGUGGAGGAUGAAGGGGUGUCAGGGCGUAAGAGACUGGCGGUGUUGGUGCCAUUUAGGGAUCGGUUUGAGGAACUCCUGCAGUUUGCGCCGUACAUGACGGAAUUCCUCAAUCGUCAGAAGGUCCUUCAUAAAAUCUUUGUGCUUAAUCAAGUAGAUAGGUUUCGCUUCAAUCGUGCCUCCCUCAUCAACGUGGGAUUCUUGUAUACAAAAACCCUCUUUGACUACAUCGCCAUGCACGAUGUGGAUUUACUUCCGAAUAAUGGGAAUCUCAGCUAUGCAUUCCCCGAGAAGGGACCCUUUCACGUGGCCUCACCGCAGCUACAUCCCAAGUACCACUAUCCCACUUUCGUUGGAGGGAUUCUCCUCGUUCGGCGGGAACACUUUGAAGCCACCCGUGGGAUGUCUAAUCGCUACUGGGGCUGGGGCUUGGAGGACGAUGAAUUCUACACGCGUAUCCUCGAUGCAGGCCUGCAGGUGUUUCGUCCGGAGAACAUCACGACAGGCAUUGAGAAUACCUUCAAGCACAUCCACGAUCGUGCUCAUCGGAAACGUGAUACGGCCAAGUGCUUCAAUCAGCGUGAGAUUACGCGAAAGCGUGACCGAGAGACAGGGCUGCACACGCUGAAAUAUGACAUUACGUCGGUGAAUGAAUUGCAAAUUGACGGAGCAAGAGUCACUGUACUCAACAUCGCUCUCCACUGUGACCGAAGUAAGACUCCAUGGUGCGAUUGCGAUGGUGAAUUGGAGAAUGGGAAGAGCUCAACUAAGCCCAAGAAGCACUAAAAUUGGGACCUUCAUUGAACUUCUCUUUCAUAGGGCAAAGAAUUCUUUCUCCUGUUUGCCUCUCUGGAUGCGAGCCAAAUUGGAAAUUGAUUAAAUCCAAAUUAUUUAAUGAAAAUCAUCCAAGAACUGCUGAUGAAGAUGUAAUGAGUAUCAAAAGCUCUGAAAUCAUUCAUGCUUCAAUUUUCCUUCAGGAUUGAAUACAAAUGACGAAUAUAUUUCGACACGCCCGAAGAUUGUGAACUAUACUUUAUCUUAUAACACAACAGGAGUAUGGUUCAUAAUCUUCGGGGGUGUUGAUAUGAGGAAUUCCCAAAAGACCCAGAAAGGCUGAAAGACAGCCAGGAUCAUUCGAAUAUCACACAUCAAGCAGUUGAGAGGAUAAUAUUCUGCUGAAGAUGAAAAUUUAAAACGCUUCGUAAAGACAAAAAGAUUGUAAAAGUUAAAGAAACUGGAAGUUAUUUCGUAUCCUGAAAACAAGAUCCAAUUGCAAGCAAGUCAACCACAAUUGACACAGUUGGAUACCCUCUGCAAGUAAAUCAGAACAAAAAGGAGACAUCAAAGAACUUCGAUAACACCAUCAAUUAAGCAAGCAGAACCUUCAUCCACACAUAUAGUCAGAAAUUUGGCCAUUUUUUUUAAGCAGAUAAACAAAAACUUUGAUUUUUUUCUACAAUCUCUAUUUAAUCAAUUUGAUACAUUAAAUAUGUUUCGUUUAAAUGUAUCAAUAAUUUUAUAAUUUUUAUCACUGAAAAGAUUAAGGUAUUUUUCUGUUUAUUAAUAGUCAUACAAUCAGGGUGAUUUGAUUUUCACUUGGGGCUGUUAACUAUUUAAAAAAUGUUCGCUCAUGCUAAAAUAUUUCAAAAAUUCUUUGAGCAAAUAGCUUUCUCAACAAUUUCUAUUUAAUUAAAUAUUAUAACUACCUCGUCGGUCAUUACGAUUCAUGUAUAAUAUAGUCAGAUAUUGAUUAACAAUUAUUAAAAUUAAAAUGUUUAAUUGUCAGUUUAUGCAAGCGUGACUGUAUAAAUAUUAUUUUUUUAAAUCAAUAACAAAAAUUUAUUUGCCUUUCCCCAAUUUUCAUUUAAAACUGAAUGCCAAAAGAUUUCAAUUUAUAUUGUAAAAGAAAUAAAUACUACCUUUUCUACAUUUUAAUGUUCAUUAUUUUAACUCGUUAAUAUUUUUAAAAUCAUCCAUAAAAAAUAGUUUGGUAAAUUGCUAUGUAUACUAUGGGUUCUCUAAAUCCAACUCACUAAAUGUAACUAUAUAACUAUUUAAUUAAAUUCUAUUCAAAAAUGUCAUAAAUAAAAUUUUCUUGGUUUUCUAAAACCGAACAGCCUGCAAGAAUCAAAAAGUCUAAAGCGGAUGUCACCGAAGAUAAAAAUGUCAAGGAACAUCUGUCAGAUUUCUGACAUCUGUCACAUUGAACUCAUGUCAAAUGAAUCCAACAAAACCUAAAGCAUUUUUAUCUCGUGUCCAUCCACUUAUCUAAAUUGAAAAAUAUAGAACUUUGAGGCAACAAAAAUAAAUGUUUCUUCUUUUCCGAAGAAAACAUUAAAAAGAAAUUGCCAAAAAAAGUUUCAUAAUGUAGCUAAUUUAUAUUAUUAUAGAAUUAGAUGUGUGUGUUUUAUACACUUAAAAAAUACAUAAAAUAAAAAUUCUUUGAAAGGAAAUAAAAAAAAAUGAACGAAAAAA